AACCCGCAUGAGACUGAGUUUCCGGUCUGUAGCUGGAGAGGAGGAAGAGCAGGAUCAGCUACAGAAGAAAUAUAUUACGAGCAAUUAUAAACUUCUGAAAGAGGUGAAACACAAAGCAUCCUGAAGAAUCUCCAGAACACACAGAAAUUGUUUGUCCCAGCAUGGAGAAAUUUCACCACUCUGCAAAGAGUUUUACUACACAGAGUACUCUUAAACAGCACCAGCACGUUCAAACAGGAGAAAAAACGUAUCAGUGCUCAGACUGUGGAAAGAGUUUUAAUCAACAGAGCAUUCUCAAAAGACACCAGCGCAUUCACACAGGAGAGAAACCAUAUUCCUGCUCAGACUGCGGGAAGAGUUUUAAUCGACAGAGCACUCUCAAAGAACACCAGCGCAUUCACACAGGAGAGAAACCGUAUCACUGCUCAGUCUGUGGGAAGAGCUUUAAUCGACAGAAUAAUCUCAAACUACACCAGCGCACUCACACGGGAGAGAAACCGUUUUACUGCUCAGACUGUGGAAAUAGUUUUAAUCGACAGUGUCAACUCAAAAAACACCAGCGCAUUCACACAGGAGAAAAACCGUAUCACUGCUCAGACUGUGGGAAGAGUUUUAAUCGACAGUGUACUUUGAAACGACACCAGCGCAUUCACACAGGAGAGAAACCGUAUCAGUGCUCAGAGUGUAAGAAGUGUUUUACUACACAGACUGAGCUUAUAAUACACCAGCACAUUCACACAGGAGAGAAACCGUAUCACUGCUCAGACUGUGGGAAGAGUUUUAUUCGAAAGUGUAUCCUCAAAUUGCAUCAGCGCGUUCACACAGGAGUGAAACCAUAUUAUUGUCCAGAGUGUGAAAAGUGUUUUAUUACACAGAAUUAUCUCAAUAUACACCAGCGCAUUCACACAGGAGUGAAACCGUAUCACUGCUCAGACUGUGGAAAGAGUUUUAAUCGACAGAAUACUCUCAAUAUACACCAGCGCAUUCACACAGGAGAGAAACCGUAUCACUGCUCAGAGUGUAAUAAGGGUUUUAUUACACAGACUGAGCUUAAAAUACACCAGCACAUUCACACAGGAGAGAAACCCUAUCACUGCUCAGACUGUGGCAAGAAAUUUACUAGACAGAGUCAUCUUAAAAGACACCAGCGCAUUCACACAGGAGAGAAACCCUAUCACUGCUCAGACUGUGGGAAGAGUUUUACUACACAGAGUACUCUCAAAAAACACCAGCGCAUUCACAAGAAGAUAACUAUACCAAAUCUGCCCACUACCGUAAAAAGUGCAAAACCUACAUCUUCUGGACAGAACACCUUAUCCCACACAAAAUCUUCACCCUGACACUUGGGAUACUUCCCACUGGAGACCAAUAAAAACUGAAUUUAACAAUGUAUUUUUUAAAUUUUAAAUUAAUUAAUUCCAUGUUAUGUCUUCACAAUUCUUUCACACUACUUGUGGGUUACUGUAGUCCCCUCCUGGCACAAAAAUUCAAGUAGUUCAGUUUUGCUUGGCUUGUGACCAUCCAACUUGCAUCUUACAUUUAAUGGGGUUCAGGCAUGGAGAUUGACAGUCAACGUAUUUGAAUGUCUGCCAGCAACCGCAGAAUGACCUCAAAGUGACCUACAAAAAAUGCCAAAUGGCAGCUGGGGUGAAAAGCAUGGAAAGAACAGUUCAAAACAAUCUCUUAGAGGCAGGACUCAAACUAGAAAACUCAGAUUGAAUGAGAAUAAUUGUAGAGCCAGGCUGAUGUUGGAAAAAAUCAUAAAAAUUGGACUGGAGUAGGAUCUUUUUCUCCAAUGAGUCCAAUUUUCAGAUUUGCUCAACACUUUGUCGUCUAAUGGUUAGAUGGAGAUCUGGAGUGUUUUGCACCCACUGUGAAAUUUGGUGGAGAUGAUUCAGCAAGGCUGGAAUUGGGCGGUUUGGUCUUUGUGAAUGACGCAUGAAUCAAUCCACAUAAAAGGUUAUCCUGGAAGAAAAAUCAGUUUUUUUCUGCUCUGGCAAUGUUCCCCAAUUCCACACAGCUAGAUCAAUUAAGGUGUGGAUGAAGGACCACCAGAUCAAGACCAAGUUAUGGCCAGCCCAAUCUCCAGACCUGAACCCUAUUGAAAACCUAUGGAAUGUACUCAAGAGGAAGAUAGAUGGUCACAAGCCAUCAAACAUUUUCUGCAAAUAAAUACCCUAAAUUAGAAUAUCAGAAAAACUGGUCAUUUUGAAGUGAUCUCUGCGCUCUCUUUUUUCCAGCUGUAUUUUAUAAUUUUGAUAUUUGGAACCUUUUCUGUGAUAUGCUGAAUGAAUUAUAUAUGCUGAAUAUUGUAUUGUGUAUGUGUAUUCAUUUAUAUGUGGUGGCUUUGAAGCAUGUGAGAGGUGUUUAUAGAUGUCCGUAUAAACCUCUGGGAGUUCCCAGGCACAGCCCUGAAGCACAUGCCCAGGAAUGUUGUCAUAGCCAGGAGCUUUACGAGCAUUGAUCCUGCUGAAUGCUCUCCUCUCACUGUCUGGGGACAGCGUCAGCACCUGGAGAAGGGAUGGUUUUCUGAGCAGGUGUGUUGUUGAGUGGCUCAAACCGUGUGAAGAAUCUGUUUAGGUUGUAUAGCAGAGAGGUGAGUCUGUGGAGGGGGUUUAUAGCCUGUGAUAGACUGAAUUCCCUGCCACAGGUUCUGUGUGUCUCUGCUGUCACUGAAGCGUUGGAUUACCUUCUUGGAGUACAGCCUCUUAGCUUUCCUGAUGCCGUGGGACAAGUUGGCCCUAGCUGUCCUCAGACCUGCCUGGUCUCCUGUUGUGAAGGCUGCAUUUCUAGCACUCAGGAGCUUGUGGACGUCUCCUGUCAACCAUGGCUUCUGAUUAGCCCGAACAGUGAUGGUCCUGAGUUGACUUGCAUUAUCAAUGCACUCGAUGUAGCCAGAGUCAGUUUCUGUGAACUCCUGAAUGUCUGUGGAGUUGUUGUGGGUGGCAGCCUCUCUGAACAUAUUCCAGUCGUUUGUGCUGAAACAAACGUGAAGUUCCUCUGAGUAACCAUCCGGCCACACUUUAACCAGUGGUCUGUAAGCUGGCAUUAGCAUAAUGGUGAGGUGGUCAGAGGCUCCAAGGUGGGGAAGGGCUUUGUAGGCAUCUCUGUGUGGUGAAGACCUAGUCCAAUGUGUUGUUUCCACAGGUUGGGAAGUCCACAUGUUUAAGUAGUCCAGAAAACACACUCUUAGGGUAGUUGCAGUAGGAGUUCAGUUCUGAAGAAGAGGAGUUCCUUUGAGUUUGGAGGUAAAGCAAGGGCACUGCCAGUGCUUGCUCCAGAUAUUAGAUUAGCAUAACUUAGUCUUUAAAAUUUAGAUGUUAUAGUUGUUGAGUGUAGGGUAAGAUUCUUAGCUUGCAAAGUUUAGGACCAAACCUUCAGCGCUUACGAUUAGAAGGUUUUGAGUGCAUUCAAACUGUUUUCUAGUAUGUGCAGAUUUGAUUUUUUUUUUAUUCCUAGUAUCUCUGUCUGUCCUUGAUUAGACAAGUGUAGCAUAGCUUAGCUUAAUGCUAUCAGUCACGAAGUGGUAAACACCACCUGAGCCACUCCAGAGAGAGUGCUCCCAAAAGUGUUAACCCACGUCAGGUUUUUGUGCUGCAGUAAGGUAGCAGGCUCAUUCAUUCCAUGUGCUGGUAUUCUCGUUUGUCUGUGGUUCAGUUGGUAUAAUUAAACAUGUGCAAGUUAUCAUAGAGAGAUAUUUGGUUGUGUUGUAUUACUCUAGUCUUAUACUUUCUUAUCUUUUCCACAGUGGAUAUCAUAUCUUGCCUAAGUUGCUUUCCUAAGUUACUAAAAAUAUCCAAAUCAUUUAGUUCCUUUAUUAUUUUUAUCCAGUUCCAACUAUUAUCUUUGUAUUGCUUUACAACUAUAUUUACUCAUCUGUGUGUUUCAAUAAAAGGCUUUUACAUGGUAA